UUUGUACUCGCAUUUCAUGUUUUUCUCUGAAUGUUGUUGAACUCCUGAGACAAUUAGGUAUUUGUCGUUUUCCGGUAAAUGCCUAAUAACUAGGUACAACUGUUUGGUAGAUUAUUAUAUAUUAACUCUACUCAGUUUGGAACAUCUUGUUUUGGCUUUAGUACUAUGAUUCUUUUCAUUAUUUGUUUGUGUGUUUAUACCUAGCACCUACCGGCUACCGUCAUGAACUCAUGGAUUCUCAUGAAUCAUCAUCAAAAUCAUAAACCUCCAACACAUGCUGCCGGUAUCUUACACAUGCUGCCGGUAUCAUAAACACAACACAUGCUGCCGGUAUCUUACCUUUGUCAAGCCUGUCUUAUAUGAUAUUUUAUCAGUCUGAGUGCGAUAAUUUCUUAUUCCUUCCUCCACACAUAUUCUUUUCCAACAAUGGAGUGCGAAAUAAGUGUGAUGCUUUGAAGUAGGUACCGGUCCUGUGAAUCAGGAGCAGUGUUGGCUCCUCCUCCUCCUGGGCUGCCUCAGGCCGGAUGUGCGCGCUGCCGCCGGGGGUCACAAGACGCUCUGACCCCUGCCCCGCGGAGACGGCCCCUCCCCUCGACCUUGGCCGCCGCCGGUGCACAGCAGGUAUAAAAGUGAAACUGGCGCAGGGCACGGCACUACCUGCUAGGUCGGGCUCCUCCGUGCAGCACCAAGCUUAAACCAGAGAUGGCUCUUAAGGUGGUGGCUGCGCUGUCCGCGCUGGCGGCUCUGGCGGCCGGCCGGCCCGAGCACGGCUACGGCGCCGUGGUGGUCGGAGAGGCGCCGGUCGCCCGCUCCCUGGAGGUGGUCGACUACGUGAACCCGCACCCCCGCUACGACUUCAACUAUGGCGUCUCGGACCCGUACUCGGGCGACCACAAGUCGCACGUGGAGAGCCGCGACGGCGGCGUGGUGCGCGGGCAGUACCGGCUCGUCGACGCCGACGGCACCGAGCGCGUCGUCACCUACACCGCCGACGACAUCAACGGCUUCCAGGCCACCGUGGAGAAGCUGCCGCUCACCCAGGUGGGCGUGCCGGCGCAGCACGGCGGCGCGCGCGUCUACAGCCCCGUGCCGGCGGCCGUCUCCCACCAGCAGGUCUCCAAGGCGGAGGGACCCGACGUGCCCGUGGUGCGCGAGCGGGUGCACACGGCGCCCGUGGUGGCCAAGGUGCCGGCGCCCGCGCCCGCGCCCGCGCCCGUGCCCGCUUACCAAUACGCGGCGGCCGCCGUGCCGGCCGUAUCCGCGCCGGCGGUCAGCUCUUACGGCUACCAGGCUCCGGCCGACACCUACCGCUCGGGCCACGGGUCCGUGGCGGUCAGCUCUUACGGCUACCAGGCUCCGGCCGACACCUAUCGCUCGGGCUACCCGGUCUACCAGCAGCCGGCCUACAUCUACAACUACUGAGCGCAGCGCCGAUCCUCCGAUCGGGCGGGCACUCUAAGUGGAAACCUAUUUAAAUUGUGGUCGCAACUUGCGAUCUUUUGUCACUAUCAGUUGCUUUGCACUUUCGGUUCUGUUUUUCGUUCUUGUUUUGUUUAAUACAAUGCGGAACUUCAUUA